AUGGAGAGCCCUCGCCCGUCCGAUGCCAGCACUCCGGUGGAGCCUGGAUCUCCCGUGUGUGUCGAUACGCCGGCGACGCAAUCAUCCGUCUUGUUUGAUGGCGAUCUGGGGGAACUGCUGCAGGCUUUCCCUUUGGACCAGUACAUUCUGGUCACUGGCGGUCUCGGCUUUAUUGGCAGUCACACAACGUUGGAGUUAUUGAAGGCCAACUAUAACGUGAUUGUGAUCGACAACCUCAGCAACUCCUUUCAGAACGUCUUCGACCGUAUCAAAACUCUUGCAACCAAAUACCAUGAGCAGCAGGGGACCAAGGUUCCUGCCCUGCAUCUGCAUGCCCAUGAUUACCGGGAUACGGCUGCACUGCGGAUCCUGCUCGAACAGUAUCGGCUUUCCUCCCGAUGGGGGGCAUCCAAGUCCAAGAUCUCGGGCGUCAUCCAUUUUGCUGCGUACAAGGCCGUGGAGGAGAGCAUCCGCGAUCCGUUGAAAUAUUACGCCAACAACGUCAGCGGCCUCAUCGACUUUGCCUAUACCUUGGGAGAGUUUGGAAUCAAGACGUUUGUCUUCUCGUCAUCGGCGACUGUGUACGGUACGCUGGCGACUUCCGGUCUCCCGCUCAAGGAGGAACUCUGUGUCCACAAGGAGGAGGUCAUCCGGGACCACACUGGGUCAGAGACUGUCGCAAAGCCUGGAUGUACGGGCAUCACGAACCCUUACGGACGGACAAAAUGGAUCUGUGAGGCCAUUCUCGCCGACCUGGCGGCCUCCGACCCCGAAUGGACCAUUGUCGCGCUUCGUUAUUUCAACCCGAUAGGCUGUGACGAGUCUGGUCUCCUGGGGGAGGAUCCUCGGCAGACGCCCACGAACCUCCUCCCUGUCGUGGUCAAGGUCAUGACAGGGCAGUAUCAGGAGCUGCAGAUGUUUGGCACCGACUGGGACACGGAAGACGGCACUGCCGUCCGCGACUUCAUCCACGUCACUGACCUCGCCCGCGGUCAUAUUGCGGCUCUUGGUACGGCCAACGAAGGCAAGCUGGUGGAGAACUUCCGCACGUUCAAUCUGGGCACUGGGCGUGGGCACUCUGUCCGCGAAGUCGUCGAGACCAUGGAGACCGUGUCCUCCAAGCACAUCCCCCGGAAGGCUGCUCCUCGCCGUGCUGGGGAUGUUGGCUCUUGUGUGGCGGUGGCCACCCGAUCUCAGGAAGAGCUCCAGUGGAAGACUGAAAAGAGCUUGAAAGAUGCCUGCGUUAGUCUGUGCAAUUUCUUGGAUGUCAGCGGUCUGUCCUCCUAG